GUGGAGAUCUUCACCAAAAAAGAAGGAUAUGAGAAAAAACAAGAGAAAGGAAGAAAAACUUUCCCUUUUACCAAUGAAACAAAACAGCUCAGAGAAUUGAAAAAGUGUGAAUUUGGAAAAUAUUUCCCACUCUCUGCUCUACAUCUUACACUUCGAUCUCCUUUGCUCCAAUCUUAUAAUCCUCCCAAUUUCUCCAUUGGAGUUCCCGUACCUCUCUCUCUCUAGGGUUUUGUUUACUCUUCCAUACAAUUGCAGAAGCUCGCGCAACACAAUGGUUUCUUCUCGUCUCGCCUGGUUAAAGAUUCUUACUUUUUAAUGUCUAAGACAUCCUAGAUUUGUUGGUUUUUUUUUCUUUUUUAUGACUUUUCUGGGUUUAGUUCCUGGAGCCACUAGAUUGUUUUACCACAGCUGACGGCUGAUGAUUAGGGUUUUCUCUAGAAAGCUCUAAUUUUGGUGCUCUACACUGAUUUAUUCUCUUAAUUUCUUUAAAAGGGUAUCAUUUCUAUGGCGAUUUCGAGUGAGUUUUGUGGUUCCCUCAAUGUAUUUUAGGUUUUGUUCCAUCUGCACAUAAAUGGUUUCAGAGAGAAAUGCUUUAGCUUUAGGUGUUGGAAGAUUUCGUAAUACAAAGUUCAAAUUUUUUGUAUAGAAAUCCAUCAAGUAACUCAUCUCCACUUAGUUUCUUCUGGGCUGUGUACUGUGAAUCCGAGAAGUAAAUAGUGUGUUGACUAUCCUCUGGCGAUCCUGGAGAUCUGGGAUUUGUUUCACCUCUUAUGUCAGAUGAGGACUUUCUACCCAUCUGAUUCUUGUAAAGAAUCACAGCUCAAUUCGUUGAAUCCACAGUCAUGGCUUCAAGUUGAGAGAGGGAAGCUCUCUUCCUCUGCUUCUUCAUCUGCUCCACUGUGCAGAGAAUCAUUUAUCAAAGUUCCCGAGCCGCAGAUACUGCCGCAUUAUAAACCUCUUGACUAUGUAGAAGUUCUUGCUCAGAUUCAUGAAGAACUCGAGACCUGCCCUUUACAGGAGAGAUCGAUUCUGUAUUUAUUGCAGUAUCAAGUGUUUAGAGGUCUUGGAGAGACAAAACUUAGACGGAGAAGCCUUCAAUCAGCUUGGCAAGAGGCUACAACUGUCCAUGAAAAAGUUAUCUUUGGGUCUUGGUUAAGGUAUGAGAAACAAGGGGAAGAAGUUAUCGCCGAUUUGCUUUCCUCUUGUGGUAAAUAUUCUGAAGAAUACGCUCCGCUGGAUAUUGCAUCUUGUUUCCCAGUUAUGGCUGCUUCUUCCUCCCCUGAGGCAGCAGCAUCUGUGAAGGUGGAGCGCUGUAUAUCGAAAAACGUUGUGUUCAAGAUAGGAGAAGAGAGAAUAGCUUGUGAUAGGAAGAAAAUCUCGAGUCUUUCUGCUCCGUUUCACGCCAUGCUUUUUGGGAGUUUCACGGAAUCGCUUCUCGAUGAGAUAGACAUGUCAGAAAACCAUGUAUCGUCGUCAGCUAUGCGUGUUGUCAGAGAUUUCAGUGCUGCGGGUAUUCUAAGCGGAGUUUCCAAGAAUCUUCUAUUGGAAGUUUUAGUUUUCGCAAACAAGUUUUGCUGCGAGAGGCUUAAAGAUGCUUGCGAUAGAGAAUUGGCUUCUCUGAUUUCUUCCAUGGAUUGUGCCAUUGAGCUUAUGGACUUUGCACUGGAAGAGAGCUCUCCUAUCCUAGCUGCAUCAUGUUUGCAAGUUUUUCUUUAUGAGAUGCCUGAAAGUUUGACCGAUGACCGUGUUGUCGAGGUUUUGAUUCGGGUCAAUAGAUCUCAAGUCUCAACCAUGGCAGGAAAAGCUUCAUUCUCCUUAUACUCUUGUUUAAGCGAAGUCUCAAUGCGUAUAGAUCCCCGUUCAGACAGAACAUUAGGUUUCUUGGAGAAAGUAGUCGACUUUGCGGAAAAUGAUCGGCAGAGAGUAUUGGGGUUUCAUCGGUUAGGUUGUACGAGGCUGCUAAGGAAAGAGUACCGUGAGGCGGAAGAAGCUUUUGAAACCGCUUUUAAUCUAGGCCAUGUGUAUUCAGCUACUGGUUUAGCAAGAAUAGGUUACAUACAAGGCCAUCGGCUUUGGGCUUACGAGAAGCUAAGCUCUGUUAUCUCCUCUGUUUCGCCGCCUCUUGGAUGGAUGUAUCAAGAAAGGUCUUUAUAUUGUGAGGGUGAUAAGAAAAUGGAGGAUCUUGGCAAAGCAACCGAAUUGGACCCGACUUUGACAUAUCCUUACAUGUACAGAGCUGUCACUCUAAUGUCGAAACAGAAUGCCGAGGCUGCGCUCGAGGAAAUCAACAGGAUCUUGGGGUUUAAACUCGCGUUAGAAUGCUUGGAGAUUCGGUUCUGUCUUUAUCUCGGUAUGGAUGACUACGAAGCGGCUCUUCGUGAUAUCCAGGCUGCUCUUACUUUGUGCCCUGAUUAUCGAAUGUUCGAUGGGAAAGUAGCUGCGAGACAGCUAAGGACGCUUGUGUAUGAGCAUGUCGAGAACUGGACAACCGCAGAUUGUUGGAUGCAACUUUAUGAGAAAUGGUCGAAUGUUGAUGAUAUUGGUUCUCUUUCUGUGAUCUAUCAGAUGCUCGAAGCUGAUGCUUUUAAAGGUGUUCUUUACUUUAGGCAAUCUUUGCUUCUCUUAAGGUUGAAUUGUCCCGAGGCAGCGAUGCGUAGUUUACAGUUAGCACGAGAGCACGCGUCAAGUGACCACGAGCGUCUAGUUUAUGAAGGAUGGAUUUUGUAUGACACUGGCCACUGUGAAGAAGGGCUUCAAAAGGCUAAGGAAUCCAUUAGAAUAAAGAGAUCAUUCGAAGCUUAUUUCCUCCAAGCUUAUGCCUUGGCAGAAUCUAGCCUCGAUCCAUCAAGUUCUUCGACCGUUGUCUCGCUUCUUGAAGAUGCUCUUAAAUGCCCCUCUGAUAGGUUGAGGAAAGGCCAGGCUCUAAACAAUCUAGGGAGCGUGUACGUUGAUUGCGAGAAGCUAGACUUAGCUGCGGAUUGUUAUAUAAACGCUCUGAAAGUGAGGCACACACGAGCGCACCAAGGCUUAGCUCGUGUCCAUUUCCUGAGAAACGACAAAGCUGCAGCUUAUGAAGAAAUGACCAGACUGAUCGAAAAGGCUCAGAACAACGCUUCCGCUUACGAGAAAAGAUCCGAGUAUUGUGACCGUGAACUCGCCAAAUCUGAUCUCGAAAUGGUCACCCGAUUAGACCCUCUCCGAGUUUAUCCUUACCGAUACCGUGCCGCAGUGUUGAUGGAUAGUAGGAAGGAGAGAGAAGCUAUUUCGGAGUUAUCUCGAGCUAUCGCUUUCAAAGCGGAUCUUCAUCUUCUUCACUUAAGAGCUGCUUUCCACGAGCACAUUGGGGAUGUUAGUAGUGCGUUGCGAGACUGUCGUGCGGCACUCUCGGUCGACCCUAAUCAUCAAGAGAUGCUCGAACUCCAUAGCCGUGUUAAUAGCCAUGAACCUUGAACGCUACCACACACUCUCUCAACAAAAGCAUGGAGAUGAUAGUAAAGUGUGAAAAUUUGUAAAACUUCAUAGACGUAACUUAUAUUCUCUCGUCACUCUGUUUUACUCUUUUGUUGUUGUUUUCCUAUAAUCGAUUUUAUAUUGCCUAAACAUGACAUCU